AUGAAGAAGCUGCUGCUGCUCCUUUGGGCAGUUGAUGCGCUCUGCUUAAUCUACGAUGAUGCAGAGGACACCUGCACGAGGGUGUGUGGUGGCCGUCCACUAGCCAUGAGCCAUGGCAUGUUGCGGAUCGUGGGUGGGGUUGAUUCCCUGCCAGGAACGUGGCCCUGGGCGGUCAGCUUCCAGUUCCCCACCCGGGAGGGAUACCGCCAUUUCUGUGCCGGCUCCUUGAUCAAUUCUCGCUGGGUCAUUUCGACGGCGCAAUGCUUCCUCAUUCAAAAGUACCUGAAAGUGGAGUAUUUCAGAGUGCAGAUUGGGGCCACCCAGCGCUCCAAACCUGGACCUGAUGCCCAGAACCGUGUCAUCAAGAGGCUGGUGGACCACAAACAAUACAACAAGGAGAAACAUUUGAAUAACAUUGCCUUGGUAGAGCUGGACAAGCCCGUGGUUUGCAACGAUUAUGUCCAGCCCGCCUGCUUGCCGGAGGGAGAUCUGGUCAUAGACUUGCUCACCCACUGCUAUAUCUGUGGCUGGGGCAUCACAGUCAUGGAGAGAAAAUAUUCGGGGGCCAAAUAUUCGGAUAUCUUGCAAGAGGCUGAAGUGUCGCUGGUAGCCAGGGAUGAGUGCAACAGGUCUGCUCAGUAUUCUGCGCUCAUUAAAGAGGAGCACCUGUGUGCUGUUUCUGAGGAUCCCACCAAGGGCAGCUGCCGGGGCGAUGGCGGUGGGCCCCUGAUGUGCAGGCAGUCCCAUACCGAGCGCUACUGGCUGAUCGGUCUUAACAGCUGGGGCACCAGCUGCUCGACCGGCAAAGUCCCCGGAGUCUUCACCUCCACCCAGUUCUUUCUCACCUGGAUCAAGGAUAUCCUGGCGAACCCCCCCGUCUCUGGCCUUUCUCCUCCAUUCAGACCAACCACCCCCCGCACCCCCACCCCUCCACCCCCCAGCCGCUUCACGGGAGCCUAUUACCUCGACCCCAUUUACAAAAAAGUCAACGGGAUGCUAGUUGGGUACUUCCCCGAAGCCAACACCUACAGCCUUCCAACGCGCCAGUGGAGACCGGCGGUCCGGCGCACCACCUGGCCCUGGUACACAGGUCCCCGGAGGACAUUUGCACCCUUCACCUUCUACCCGUUGACAACGCGGUGGCCUACUCCCACUACUGCCUUCGUGGGCUGGGGCAAGGGGCCCAGUAUAAUUUACAGGCUGCCCAGGAGAAGGUUCACGGCUGUUCCUCACACCACACAUUUUCGCUGGUCUAGGCCUCAAUACUGGAACAGGCCCAAGUUUUAA